AUGCAACAAUCUGUAUUUGUGUUUGAUAACUUAGUUUCUACAAAUCAAGAUAUAAGUAAUAAUAAGAUCAGAAUGUAUCUUUUUAGUUGGCUUACAGAAUUUACUGAAGAAAAUUUGGAGGAUUUUCAUGUUUCAGCAACUGAAUUAAAAUAUACCUAA